GAUCUCUUACCAGCAUCCUAUCACUACCAUAAAUCCCAUGGCUAUCGAAAGCGGCGCCACGUCGGAGACCCUUCUGACGAUGUCCCUCAUUUCCUCGCCUCGGAGUUAUCUCUCAAGGGUCUAGAAAGCAUGUUAAAGCACCUCUGGCUCGCAGGCGCCAAGCGACCCCCUGCACAACUGCAUUACCACGCCGCCUUAGGCCGAGAGAUUACCAUCACCGAUCGCAUCGAUCUGCAUCUCAUGUGGAGCGCCAACGGGAGGAUAUUCGUCAAGCCUCUCCCGCGCUUCCUACUGAGCACCUCGUUCUGGAGAGAAUACCUGCUGAGUCCAGAACGUAACGACGAGCGCAGCGUCGCCCUCGGCCUGCUCUACACGUACGCAUGCCUCAUCUCCUCAGAGAGCGACUUUCAAAUCGCCAUCGAAAAACAUCUUCUCCCAAAAAGUCCAAGCCAGAGACAAAUGUCAUGGGAAGCAUGGAAAACGCUCGCCCGAUCUAUCCUACGAAACCAUGAUCCAGGCCAGAUGCACGUCCGAUUUAUACACGGCGAGCUUCGACUCUCUCGCAUCAACACCAUCAACCGCGUCUUCAAUCUCUCACCAUUUGAGGCUUACUUCAACAGCUGGAAUGACUACAGCAGCUUCUUCCGCGACAACCUCCACUGGAUUGCCGCGUCCACAGUCUGGUUGGUCCUCAUACUGACCGCAAUGCAAGUAGGUCUUGCUGCCGAACCUCUUCAGGACAACGCCGAGUUUAAGAGAGCAACAUACAUCUUCACCCUCAUCGCAAUUCUCGGACCAGUCAUCUUUUUUGGCUUGGUUUUGCUGGGGGCUGUUUACCAACUUAUGUCGGAUUUGCCGUGGCUGAUAUGGCAAGCGAUUGACAAGAAAAAGGGCACAGGUGAACACACGCCAGAGACAAGCACGGAUGUAACGGCGCAUGCAUAG